AUGAAUCCCCAUAGGGCCCCUGCCUUCUCACGAGACCCGCCACGUGAAUUGCAGGCUUGGAGGGGCCCCCAAAACUCGAGAAAACACGGCGGUUUUAGAGAUAUUGCGCGGCCUCCGGCACCUCCCGUCUCUCAGCCAUCGUCCAACGUAGCAGGAUACUCAGAUCCGGCUUCAUCUAUGGCAAGGUGGAACGGCGCAAACAGGCGGGGGCCACCACCGGCACCUCCAGGGCCCCCACCCUGCGGCCCUCCGUCGGCAUGGGGGCCCUUAGAAAACUGCCAGAACACUCGCCCUGGCCCGCUGCCUUGGGGCAUGCGUUCAGACUUUAACUAUGAAGCAGCUGGGAAUAGAAGGGGAAGAAGAGGAGGGCCAGGCGUCCCAGGUCCCCCCUCUGAUCACUGCUCAAUUCCCUGCCCUCCUCAGCGUUUUUGGGAGGGCCCCCAGGACCCACCAUGUGACAGGCAUAGCAUACGUCCUGGAGGUCCGAGGGUCUGCGGCGGCCGAGAUGGUCCGCUCGGAACCCAACCCCCCCCGCCGAUUAGUGGAGGGGGUAACUCGUGGGGGGGUCCUAGGGACGACAGACGAUUCAGAGACGCAGAGUAUACUAUGGCGGCUGGCGAUCCCCCGCCUUGGGGCCCUCCUCUGGCAUACGACAGUGCGCAGCAAGUGAUGGGGAAGGGCCCUGCAGAAAGAGGACCUGGGCCCAUAGAUGUGCCGCGGCCGUCUCAUGGAGGUCAUCUCCCCCCGCUUCAAAGUGAGGAGCCCCGGUUCGGUAGAUUACUGCACGAGGGGGGUCCCCCUGAUACGUAUUGCAGCACUUCUGCUGGUCCCCUCGUGCCAAGGGGUGGCCCGGUUUCCGGGCUUCGGAAGUCUGAAUAUCCUCCGAGCACAGAAGAGUGCCACAAUAGCAGCAGAAAUAUCAGUAACAGCAGGGACGACUGCAGCAUCCCUGUAGGUCCACAUUCUUUUCCCCCUGGGUCUGAUAUGGAGAAGGGCAACUACUACGUGAGGCCCAAUCAGCUGCCAGUGGGAGGCCCUGAUAACACAACGGACAGGAGGGCUCCAGGGGCCCUUCCGGGCGCGGCUUCGUCGCUGUGGAACAGCAGAGCAGCGGCAGAAGCAGCGGCAGCAGAAGCAGCGGCAGCAGCAGUGAGCCGCUGCAUUGCAAACGGCACACUACCCAGACAGCCCCUGCCUUUCCCCGUAUGUGUGCCUUCAGUGGAUAGAGCACGGGAAGGAGCUCCAGGCGCUCAGGAGGGGCUCCCAUCAUUGGUUCCAGGGGCCUCUCCUGGACCCCUUCAAGGUUUGACGGCGCAGUUAAGAGAGGCUCCGCCCUGCGGGGCGCCGCCAUCGGGUCCUCAGCGGGGACCCCCAGGGCCGCCCGCUGGAGCUGGUGGCGGUGCAGGUUUCGGGGGUCCUCAAGGCAGGGGACACAUGGGCCCAUUUCAGGGCUUACCUUUCCCAGACUUCGUGUUUGACCCGUCAAGACAGCACAAUAGUGCUCCUUUCAGCUCACUGCCGCAGCAGCAGCAGCAGCAACAGAAGGAGCAGCAGCAGCAUCAGCAAAUGCAACCGCUAACCCCACAAGGAGACGGGCUGCUUAGUUCUCUACUGUCGCAUGAAGGGGCCAUGCAGCUGCUAUUGUUAGCAGCGCAACAGCAGCAGCAGCCACAGCAGCCGCAGCAGCCGCAGAACCAAGCGGCGGGCAUGCAUUUGCCAGGCGCCGGUCUCCCCGCUGUUGCAGCAGGCCAGCAGCAGGAUCAACAGCAACGUGCAGUGUCAGAAGCGCUGCUACAGGGCCUGGCAAUGGGAGCUCAGCUACAACUGCAGCAGCACCAGGCAGGAGGCAGUGGACCGGCAAAUUCCUUGUUCACGCAAGGUUGUCCUCAACAGCAGCUCAUUCUGCUGGAGUCACUGCGCUCUGCAGCGGCAGCUGCAGCUGCCGCCAUCCGAAGUAAUCCUGACGUUGGAAGCGCGUCACAGCCAGCGCAGGCUGCUUUGGUGCAGUUGCAACAGCUUCUGCAGCAGCAGCAACAAAACGCUGGGGCUUCGCCAGCUCACUUGACCUUGCAGCAUACAAUCCAGUCCUCUGCUGCGACGGCAUUACAGCAACAGCAACAGUCACGGCAGGAGCAGGAGCAGCUGCAGCAGCCACGAAAGGAAUCGUCUCCUCAGAAGCAACGCCAGGUUUCUCAGAGCGUUCCUAGUACACAUCAUCAGGCUCAUGAAGGCCCCGCCACUCUGCGGCAGCAGUGCUUAGUAGCAGCGGUGAAGCUGCAGCCACCGCAUCCGGCAACUUCUCCUGAUGACGCGCAAACCUCUUCUGCACGCUCUUCGCAUGUCGGGAACCAGCAGCACCAGCAGCAAGAACAGCAGCAGCAGCAGCAGCAGCAAGGCUACGGCAGGACCAAAAUGUCGCUUCUGGACGAACUAUCAGCGGUGCCUGAAAGGCUGCUAGACCCCCAGGAGAACGAGGCGGCACACACUUGGUGUUACCUCGAUGCAUUUAACAAGGCAUGUCUUGCACCGCUUACCUUGUCGCUUGUGUCCGUGUUUUUCAAGAACUGUGGUUCGCACGUUACAGAUAGCCCGUGUCAGGGUCCUUUUUCUACAUUGACCAUGUUGCGGUGGUUGGAGUUGGGCUACUUCGAUCCCACACGGCCUUUGCGUAGAGAUGACGAGAAAGGAUUCACACCCCUUCACGAUGGGUCAAGAAUAAAACGGGCAGCCAAAGACAUUGUACUCUCAGCACGGAGUCACCGUAGUCGUGCAGCGGCGGACACUGUGGAGUACGAAAGGCCCGCGCUCUCGCUACAGGCGAAGGUGCAAUCAGCACAAGCGGCUCUGGCACCCCUCUACGUGUUGGCGAAAAAGGACAGAGCGCGGCCUGGCACGCCGGCGAAUCGUAGCGAGAAGAAGCGGAAAAUGUGA